AUUUACGUAAAGAAAGACAAAAGCGAGAACUCUCUUUUCCCCCACACUAGGCACCUCCUCUGUGAACUUUCGAUUUGAUUUCUCUUUUCUUCUUGAUCGUAGCUCUGUUCCUCUGUGCAUUCCUUGAUGUUGGCCUCGAGGUUUCUCUCGCGAGUUUCCCGCAGCGCGGGCUUACGCUCCUCUCUCUCCGCCGCCACCGCCGCCGCUCUUCCGCCGAGGAACCAAUCUCCUAUAUUCUCGAACCGGUAUCACUCCCUCGUUCAUAACUUCUCACAAAAGCAGCUUGUUGCAGCUCAAGUGUCUCUUGAUUCGUUUUCACUUCAAAGGUUCUCUCUUUCUUCCUCCACUGAAUCACAUGAAAAGGAGAGCAGCAACACUGAGUCAGCAGCCUCCAAGACAAGUGAGGAAGAGAAAGCUACUACAUCUGAGGCAAACGAAUCAGAAUCCAAAGCAAGGAGGAAAGGCGCUAAACGAGCUACUGCGGUCUCUGAAUCAGACUCCGGGAGUGAUGAUGAUGAGGAGGAGGAGAUGUCAAAGGAUGAUUUGAUGAAGCUCGUAGCUGAGAAGGAGGAGCUACUGUAUGGGAAGGAGGAAGAGCUUAAGCAAAUGAAAGAUAAAGUUCUUCGCACGUACGCAGAGAUGGAGAAUGUAAUGGACAGAACAAGGCGUGAUGCUGAAAACACCAAGAAGUAUGCCAUACAGAAUUUUGCAAAGAGCCUUUUGGAUGUGGCGGAUAAUCUCGGAAGAGCUUCUUCUGUUGUCAAAGAAAGCUUCUCGAAGCUUGACAACAACGACACCUCGAAAGAAGAAGAUUCGGCUGGUGGUGCUGCUGCUCCACUGUUGAAGACCCUUUUGGAAGGUGUGGAGAUGACUGAGAAACAGCUGGCUGAGGUGUUUAAGAAAUUCGGUAUGGAGAAGUAUGAUCCUAUCAACGAGCCGUUUGAUCCGAACAGGCAUAACGCAAUGUUCCAGGUCCCUGAUGCUUCUAAGCCUGAAGGCACAGUUGCUCAUGUCUUGAAGUCUGGUUACACGUUGUAUGAUCGGGUGAUAAGACCAGCAGAGGUUGGUGUUACUCAGGGAGGAGAGAGCGAAGAAAACAAGAAAGAGAGUGGUGCUUAAACAAGAGUCCGUAAAUCUUUGAGUAAUAGUUUUCUCGUGUCGUUUGUUAUUCAUUGGAUGAACAAGAUCUCCCAUAAGUUGCUGGAUGUGGCACUUGCAGGGGAAGUCCUGCUUCUGUGUCUGUUUUUUUUUUAAUAUCUUCUCUCAAAUAUGAUUUACGAGAGGGAAAGUUACAGUUCUGCUACUCACA